AUGAGGGGGUUCGCGGCCCAGCUCGGGGAAAUGCGCGAAAAGGCCGUCGCGAAGGCCCGCGAGGAGCUGACCUCGCGGCUUUUGCUUCACUUCGAGGAGCUCGCCGAGGUGAGUUGGGGCGCUCUACCAACGGACGACCGAAAAGGAGCCUUCACCCUCAAUAAAAUAGUUGGGGGGGGCCCCGAUGGGGAGGAUUGUUGUAUUUCUUCUGGGGAGAGCGCGGGCCUCAAAGGGGGAAUUCAGGGGUUGCGCUCGUCGGUGGAGGUCAAACGCGAGGGGGGCCCUUCGCGUUUUGCAGGCGAUGGGACGGCCGGCACGGCGCGGAAAGAUAAUCACCCGCACUUCCCGAGGAUGACGUGGGAGCUUCAGGCGGAGUGCGAUGCGAUCGCGCGGGAUCUUUUGGGGAUUACCGGCGGGUGGCCGGCGCUCUGCGCGGGGGUGGUGAGCUCUGGGCUUUUGGUAAGCCCUCCAUAA